GAAGUGUCAAAUUUACUUGACAACAAAUUCCUUUCAGAGGAGUGAAACUGAAUAUAUGAAAAGGAUCUCUUUGCUUCAAUGAGUGUGACAAAGGAGUCUGGUGUUUUCCAUUGUCAAACACGUACCAGAUGACCAUCCUUGUGUCAACCCUGAUUCAGAGCAAAGCAAAGUUGCAGGUAAAGUGUCUGUGUGUACUUAUGUUCCUGAGCUUCCCUCUGACUAUGGCUGAGGUUCCUGGUCCAUGCAGACACUCCAUCACGAGGGAGCACCUGCUGACAGUCAGGCAUCUGAUGGACAACCAGUUGAGAAGCGGGUGCUCGAUAACCUACACAUUCAUAGAACGGCGAAGUUUGAGCAAAUGUUGCUUUGUGAAAGCUGCUUUACCCUGGAUCUUGGAGCUCCUCACCACCCACUUCAAAUAUAGUCGAGGUUCAGUCAAUGAUGGCUACGUUCAGUCCCUGAGAGCACUCAUCCUCAACAUCUACUCUCAGAAAUGUGUCCCUCAGAUUAACGAAGAGGUUGAGGACAAGCCAGAGAGUUUCGAGAUGCUCUACAGAGGGUCGACUACAGAGGCGCUGCAGAGGGUUUCGGAGGUUCUGUCUGUUUACUGGGAGCUGGUGACGACAAGCAACGCGCCAGUAGACUGGAGAUGCCAGCACGAAUACUCGGAAAUCUUUGGCUCUACCACGGAGCUAUACACAGAAUCAACCGCACAACAUUUUACAGACAGUUAUGAAAGGAACUCAGUGAAGGCCUCGCAGAGAAGACCAGUCACAGAUCUGUACAAGCUCGGCUUCAUUAUCGCCUCUAUCUGCGGAGGACUGCUGUUCAUACUCACUCUCUGCUGUCUCAUCACACAAAAGAGAAGACACAACCCUCACAGAUCAAGAUCGUAUACAAACUCAAGCAGAGACCUGCAGGACAUAGAGAUGGAGCCACAAUAAUGCAGUAUAGAGCACAUCGCAGCAGCAGCCGACAGAGCACUGAUGAUGCACAUUUUAUCCAUCAUGAACAUGUUUUCACAUCAGUAUUGUGUGUAAUCUAUCAUGCUCACCUAUUUAAUCAGAAGCUUGGCUUUGACUGAGAGCAAAGAUGGGCCUUAUUUGGAAUAAUAUGGUAUGUAUAUUAUGUUAAUGCGUUAUGUAUUGCAGAUAUCUUUUCACUAAAAAGUUUUAUUUUUACACUAGUUAUGUAUGUUGAAUAAUGUGUCUCCAUUUGCUACCACUUAACCAAUUGUUUGUAAUGUUGUUUGCCAAACAUUUCCACAAGUUAUUUAUUAGUUUGAUGCUAUUAAAUCACCUUAUUGAUAAUAAAGGUUCCAAUAAAUACCAAAUCCAAAAUAUAAUGAUUUCCAGCAAACGGUGCAUUCUUAGAUGAAUACAAUGUAAUGUCAAGUAAAGAGCAGGUAUUGUUAAAGGAGUUGGGUUACUUAAUAGCCCAAUCAUGUUGCUUUUACACUUUAUGAGCAGUCAAAAGUGUUCCACAUCUUUGCUAAAGCAGUCUUUCCCACUGCACAUAAAGCAGCUUAGUUUACACUCAUCACAAGCUUUCAUUGUUGAUCAAUACGCGGCCAACUUCUUCAAUUUAUGAUUUGUAUAUCCAGCUUUCAACACAAGCUCAGAAGAAUAUUCUUUUAAUGAUAGAACACCCUGAGCUGUUGUUACUGGCAUUGAGGCUGAGAUACGAUCCUGAUAGAU